AUGCGUCUGAAAGCCGCUCUAGAUCAUGUUGAGCGCUUUCCUGACUCCAAAUUGGCCAAGGUGGCCCGAGAUUUUGACGUUCCGCGACUGCGCCUCCGACGUCGCCUGGAAGGCCGCGGACCUAGAAAUGGGAAUCCCGAAUUCCACACCAAGCUGACCAAGGCUGAAGAGACGGCAUUGUGUAGGUACAUCGAUCGUUUAGACAAUAUCAACUUGGCUGUGCGGAAGGAGUUUGUUCAGGACACCGCCAACUGCAUCUUGAAGCGGCAUGGUUACAAUCUUUUCCCCUCAAAAGUCUUAGAUGCCAAUCGACAAGCAUCGGAAGAUGUCGAGAUGCUCAACGAGUACUUCCAGAAGCUUCGAACUGUCAUCGAAGCCAAUGGGAUCGUCUCAGAGGAUAUCUGGAAUAUGGACGAAACCGGAUUCCAGAUCGGUGUCGAGUCUGCGACGGCGAUUGAGGCUGUCUCGGCCGGAGGGAAGGUCAUCCCGCUUUUCCUGAUCUUAUCUGGACAAAUGCACAUGAGUCAGUGGUACCAGGUUAAAGAGCUUGAAGGAGAUACGGUGAUUGGGACGUCGCCCACCGGCUACUCCAACGAUCGUCACAGUUUGAGCUGGCUCAAGCACUUCGAUCACCACUCGAGGAAAGAGACAGUGGGAUCGAAGAGGCUAUUAUUGAUGGAUGGCUACAGCUCGCAUACGACCAAGGAGUUCAUUCAGUAUUGUGAUGAUCACGAUAUCAUUCCUUUUGGUUACCCUCCUCACUCGACGCAUCUUGUUCAGCCGUUGGAUGUUGUGGUCUUUCAGCCCUACAAACAUUACCAUGCGAAGGCACUAGAUCUCGUCGUGCGAGAUGGAGUCACGAACAUCACCAAGCUUGAGUUCUUGGCAUUGAUACAGGGGGUCCGCAGCCUGACGUUCACAAAAACCACUAUUCAAGCCGCUUUUCGGGAGACUGUUGACACCACCCAACCCUGCUCCAAACGGACCACAUUCGUCGCCGUUCCGCACGCCUGUCACCUUGAGACAAAUGAACAAGCAAACCGCUCAACGCCGUCGGAGCAUGAAGAAUAA